AUGACUGCGCACAGCAUUGCAGACAGUGGCACAAAUAUUACAAGAAAAGUGCAGGCAAGCGUCAAAUCAAGGAUUGGUGGUUACGAGACAUCACUUGAGUUUUAUGUGUUGCCAAAAAUAUCGUCGUUUAAGCCAGACCAAUUUAUGAAUGCAGAUGAUUGGGGCAUCCCUAGUAACAUAUCAUUGGCAGAUCCGAAUUUCAACAAGCCUGGCCGUAUAGACGUACUGUUAGGCGCAGAAAUCUUUUGGGACUUAUUAUCGGUUGGCCGAAUUACGCUGAAAGCGAGUCUGCCGCGAUUGCAGAAAACUGUGCUGGGUUGGGUCGUGUCAGGUGUGACAAAUCGAGCCGACUCCAACGAGAGGCUUAGGAGCAGCUUAAUGAUGACAUCAUCCAAGCAACCAGGUGUUGAAGAGGAACUGACGGCCCUUGUAGAGAAAUUUUGGCUGAUGGGACAGGUUGAUGCAAAAACACUGUUUCCAACAGCGGACGAGGCACUGUGUGAAGAGAUUUUUAUCAAAGAAUCUAGACGUGAUCACACUGGGCGCUUCGUGGUAAGGAUUCCAUUUAAAGAAAAUGUCGCUGAGCUAGGCGACUGA